CGUUGAUCGGAACCGGAGACGAAGAGGUAGUGACGUCAGACACGACCCUGAGCCAACAUGGCGGCCGUGUUACGAUUUGUCAACAAAAAUGCUUUUGGCUCGGCAGCAAUGGGACAGCAAUACUUGUCAUUGAGCUGUGCAGCAAAGGCUGGUGCCAGAGCAGGUCAGACGCUCCCGCAGAAAGUGAAAAUUGUGGAGGUUGGACCCAGAGAUGGUCUUCAGAAUGAAAAGACUAUCGUCCCAACAGAGACAAAAAUCCAUUUGAUAGAUUUGUUGUCAGAGUCUGGGCUGUCAGUUGUAGAAGCCACCAGCUUUGUAUCACCCAAGUGGGUUCCACAGAUGGCAGACCAGGUGGAGGUAAUGAAGGGGAUUUGUAGGAAACCUGGCGUGUCUUACCCCGUCCUCACCCCCAACCUCAAGGGUUUCCAGGCUGCUGUGAAGGCAGGAGCCUCGGAGGUCGCCAUAUUUGGUGCUGCAUCGGAGCUGUUCAGUAAAAAGAACAUCAACUGCUCAGUGGAUGAGAGUUUGCAGCGCUUUGGUGAAGUCAUGGAAGCUGCUAAAGAGGCAGGAGUGCCAGUAAGAGGCUACGUGUCCUGCGUUCUUGGCUGCCCGUAUGAAGGCAAGGUCGCACCAGCCAAAGUUGCACAUGUGGCCAAGUGUUUGUACUCCAUGGGCUGCUAUGAGAUUUCCCUCGGCGACACGAUCGGUGUUGGCAAUCCAGGUAGCAUGCAGGAAAUGCUGGAGGCGGUGAGCCGAGAAGUGCCAGUUGAUGCCCUGGCGGUGCACUGCCAUGACACGUACGGCCAGGCCCUGGCUAAUAUCCUUAUAGCCUUGCAGAUGGGAGUCAGUGUGGUGGACUCUUCAAUAGCUGGACUGGGAGGUUGCCCGUAUGCACAAGGAGCUUCGGGGAAUGUUGCAACUGAGGAUGUUGUCUACAUGCUUCAUGGACUUGGAAUUCAAACUGGAGUGGACCUCUCCAAAUUAAUGGAUGCAGGAACUUUCAUCUGUCGAAGCCUCAACAGGAAGACCGGUUCUAAAGUGGCACAGGCCACCUGCAAACUGUAGGAAAGAACCGAACCAAACCGUGAGGCACCUAAUGAGCACAGUCCAACCAGAAACCAUCAGAUGUUCUUUUCUUCCUGGUCACACACAUCGGUUACUACUUCCAAGUUGCCAGUGUACUGUAUGAUGGUGUAGAUGGAACAGUGCCUUAAAGAGAGUACAGGCUUUCUUCUGUGGUCGUCUUGCUACUAACGUGACUUUAUAGGCACGCCAGCUAAAUGUGAAAAGACACAAGUGUUGUUUGAUGAUCCUUUUGUGUGCAGUAAUUACGAUAUUUUCUGUUAGUUCAGCUGGCUAGUUAGUUUUAAAGCGCUCUGUAUAUUUCUUUUUUUAAACGCCAUCCAUAUACUGUAUAUAAUGUUGUACAUAAUUGAAAUAAAGACUUUAAUAAGGGUGUCACAAGACAAGACCAGAUGGUGCAUGUGAUUAGGUCCACAAGAAUGAGACAAGAAGAGAUUUUAAGAUUAAUUUUAGGAAAAUUACGACAAAAUAUG